CGGAAGAGGUGUGUUUUCUUCAACACACACUCACACAGACUGAAGUUUCCACUAAAUGGCGAAAACGCAGACGCGGCUGACUACAGGAGCCUAAAGACAGAAACAGAGUGGUUGAUGCCUCCAGGAUGGGGAACAGCAGCAGCGACAGAUCCGGCGGGGGUCAGGGUGAGAGGUCGUACAGGGAUGGACAGCAGGGAGGGAAAGAGGCUCGUCCCAACAUCCUGAUGGACAGCACAGAGGACGCCGAUCUUUUCCAGAGAGACGAUUCAAAGGCUCCGCAGGAAAUACAGGAGUUUCUGGCCUGGCAGCAGGACCUGGAGAGUGACAACAAGAGUCCAACUCAGGCCAGGCCAACUGUGUUCAGAUGGUCAGGGGCCGCCAAAGAAGUCUUCGUGUCCGGCUCCUUUAACAACUGGGCCACCAAGAUCCCACUCAACAGAAGUCAGAAGAACUUUGUGGCUAUAGUGGACCUGCCGGAGGGAGAGCACCAGUACAAGUUCUGUGUGGACGGUCAGUGGACUCUGGAUCCGACUGGGGCUGUGAUGACGUCUAAAACCGGAACAGUCAAUAACAUUAUCCAGGUGAAAACAACUGACUUUGAAGUCUUUGACGCCCUCAGAAUUGACUCGCAGGAUUCUGCAGAUAUCUCAGACUUGUCCAGUUCCCCACCCGGCCCCUACCAACAGGACGCGUAUGUGACCAAAUCAGAAGACAAGAUCAAACACCCUCCUAUCUUACCUCCCCACCUGCUGCAAGUGCUGCUCAACAAGGACACAGGUGUCUCUUGUGACCCGACGCUACUUCCGGAGCCUAACCAUGUGAUGCUUAAUCACCUGUACGCCCUCUCCAUCAAGGACGGGGUGAUGGUUCUCAGUGCAACACACCGAUACAAAAAGAAGUAUGUGACCACUCUUCUGUACAAGCCAAUAUAAUCCACACAGCCACGAUCCCGCCUCGUGUAUUGGAAUGAUAGUUUUUCUGUUGUUGUUCACAGCUGCUACUUGGACUGUUUUGUUUAAAGUGGAAACUAAAUGUCUUCCUGAUAUCAAUUUAAAACAUUUUUUUUUUUACCUAUGUUGUAAUCUCGUGUUUUGAAAAUGUGCAAAUUUUAGUCGCCACACAGAGAUGAUGUUUCAUGAUGACGCAUAACUAGAACUAAAGCUUCUUUCUUUAUGAUCAGUAAAACAAAAAAAAGGCUCAAAUGAGGUCUCUUAAUCCAUAUGUGUCAGUAGACGAUGUUGACGUUGGUUGUGUAAGAUGUAAAACUUAAAGUUAAGUUUUAGUUAAGUAAACUUUAAAAAAGUCAACCUCUGCUGCAGAAGCUCUCCCCGUGUGAGCAAACAGACAUGAGGGCACAAAGAGGGUGAAAUUCAACUGGAGGGCAACAUGAGUUUCACUGUCUUUAUUCUCUCUAUUAAACUCACGCCUUUGUACAAAAUCAA